AUGGUGGAGAUCCCUGCUCAGGGACAGUCGGGGGGUAUUGACAUCCUUUGGCAUGACUCCCAUGUCCAACUCAGUCAUAUCCGUCUUGAUGGUCAGGAAAUCCAUGCUAUGAUCCAGGUACUGGCUGAAGAUGUUGGCAGUCUGACAAAUUCAGUGUUAUCAAAGGUGAAAAGUGCUGAAAGAGCUCUAAGGUCCAUUGGAGCUUUAAGCGCAAAGCGAAAUGCUAUGUUUGGCAUUUAUGGUGCAUUUGACUUGAGCACAAUACAGAGUGUUUCUGGAUACAAGCAUACCUGCAGUAUAUUUCUGACCACCUAUCGGUUUGUUCUUGAAAUCAAUGUCAGUGUCUGUGUUGCUCACGCCUUUGUAUUCCUUCUUCUGCAAGCAGAUUGGUUUUCACCUAAUACAGUGCACAGAUUGGAAAGACAAGUGGUGCCGCAUUUUUUCUCUGGAAAGUCAACUGAACAUACACCAGAAAAAUACAUGGAAUGCAGAAAUUGUAUAGUUGCAAAGUAUAUGGAGUUGCCUGAAAAGCACUUGUCAGUUGCUGAUUGCCAUGGGAUUGUAGCUGGUGUCAGUGCUGAUGAUGUAACUCGAAUUGCAAGGUUUCUUGAUCAUUGGGGGAUCAUCAACUACUGUGCUGUUCCUCCUAAAGCGGAGGCCCUAAAAGAUGUCACAUUGUACGAGGACUCAAACAGUGAUCUCUGUGUUCCAGUGGCUGGUUUGAAGUCUAUUGACAGCUUAGUCCAGUUUGACAAGCCUAAAUGUUGUCUCAAGGCGAGAGAUGUUUAUCCUGAACUUGUGCGUGAUUUUGAUGAUGACUCCGACUUUGACAACUCAAUCCGAGAACUGUUGUCUGAACUACGAUGCAAUUGUUGUUCUCGGCCUGUUUCACUGUCGUACUAUCAGUCACAGAAAGAGAUUGAUAUUCUAUUGUGUUUGGAUUGCUUCCACGAGGGUGGAUUUGUCACUGGUCACUCUAGCUUGGAUUUCGUCAAAGUAAGCUCUAUGAAAGAUUAUGGAGAUCUAGAUGGGGAUACUUGGACUGACCAGGAAACGCUAUUGCUUCUCGAGGGAAUGCAACUCUACAAUGAAAACUGGAAUCAAAUUGCAGAACAUGUUGGCACCAAGUCAAAGGCACAGUGCAUCCUUCAUUUUGUCCGCCUGCCUGUGGAUGGUGCCCCAUUGGAAAAUAUUGAACUUCCAGGUGCAUCUGGUCCCUCAAGUUCUUUUGCGGGUGAAGAUCGUAACAAAUCUUACUCAAAUUUGAACGGGAAUCUUGCAGGACCAAGCACUGAAAACCUUGAUUCUGAUAGCAAAUUUCCUUUUGAAAACUGUGGAAAUCCAGUAAUGUCCCUGGUUGCUUUUUUGGCAUCUGCUGUGGGACCGAGAGUUGCUGCAGCAUGCGCCCAUGCUUCCUUGGCAGCUUUAUCUAAGGAUGAUACUUUAACAUCACUGAACAUGACUCAGAUAGAUGGAUCUACAGCUAAUAACGGGAUCAGUGUAGGAAGAAUUCAUGGAAAGGAUGGAAGUCCUCAUGGAGAUGUUGGAAAUUCUUAUCAGCUAAAAGAUGAAAAGCCGGGAGGACAAGGUCCAUGGGGUCAACACGAUGUUGGAGGUGCUCCAGUAUCCACUGAAAGAGUAAGAGCUGCUGCUAAAGUUGGUCUUGCAGCAGCAGCUAUAAAGGCAAAGCUUUUUGCUGACCAUGAAGAACGUGAGAUUCAACGGUUAUCUGCAAAUAUAGUCAACCAUCAGUUAAAGAGGUUAGAGCUGAAGCUGAAGCAGUUCGCAGAGGUGGAGACCUUGUUAAUGAAAGAAUGUGAACAACUGGAGAGAACAAGGCAACGCUUUGCUGCAGAGCGUGCUCGGAUGAUGACAGUUCAACCUGGUUCAGUUCGAGUAUCCCGACCAAUGGGUGUGUCUGGUGCUGGUGCACCAGUGGUCAGUAACACAGGAAAUAGUAGGCAACAAGCUGUUUCAGGUCCUCUACAACAAAAUUUUAUUUCUGGAUAUGGAAACAACCAACCGAUGCAUCCUCACAUGUCAUUUAUGCCGCAACAAGGGAUGUAUGGAUUUGGCCCUCGGCUGCCUCUCUCAGCGAUACACCCUUCCUCUUCAACACCCGGUAUGUUUAAUGCUCCAGCAAGUUCCCAGCCUGCUCUCAGUCAUUCAAUGCUUAGACCUGUAUCUGGGACAAAAUCUGGUUUGGGUUGAGUGAAGAGAGUGGUUAAGCUUUGGAUUUGCUUCAAUUUAUUUAUCGGUGGUUCUCUUCAUUUCCUCAAUUAUUGGGGCGAGAGAACAAAUGAAUUACAGUUGCAUUGCUCUGUCAGACGGAUUGAGACAUUAUUGAAGCCAAUCGACUGAAGAUGCAGCUCGGACUGACAGUGCACUGGCCUGAUUACCCAAGCAGGUGUGCUCACAUUGGUUGCUGCUUUAUGCAGCUAAACUUAUUUGUAGGAACAACUUGUACUAUAUUUUCGUUUCUACUGUGAAAUAACACUCUUUUGGUAACAAAAGUAUUGAGACUAGGGAUCUAGAAAUGUAGUUUUGUGUAGUACAGGUAAUGAAGAUGGAGAAAACAGGGUAACUGGAGUCUUUAGGUACAUGCCUUUUCGUGAUCAUAGAAGUUGUGUUCAAAAUUGUUGUGUCAAUCCUAGAUUUGUAGUCGCUCUGUAACCAAUUUCCUGAGUAAUUUAACUAAGUGCGGUUAAACUGCACCUGAGCUUCAAAACA